GUGAUUAUAUCUCCAAGUCGAAUCAUUCUCAGCUGAAAGUCUCCGGCACUGAAAAGCCAAAUCUCUCUUCCUCGGCUUUUCUAAUACCUGGCCAGCACAUCCUCUCAUCUUGUUUCACACUGGUUAAAGCGGAUGGAUCGGACCAGGCAGCUCUGACAGCACCCCUCAGACGAAGCGCAAGCUGUCGUAAUGGAGGUAGAGGCUAAUGGACAGAGCUCAAUCAAUCUGCUUGAGCCCUGGCGCUGCCAUUCUGCAGGCGGCUGCCACGAUGACCUCCCCAUUUCUCCACUGGAUCUCGCUUCGGAUGACUUGACUCAAGUCCCAAGAUGCUCCAGCUCAGACCCUUUGUUCGAAGCAUUGAUGGGAGAUUCGAAGUACCGUACUGUUCGGAAAGCAGAAAGUACUGAAGGCUAUCGGAAGCCAAAUGCAAAAGAAACGUUAAUCCCGAGGUCCCGACCCGAAGGCCCGGGAUUCUCUUUUCCGUCAACAGAGGAUGCAAGAAACAAAUCCAGCCCUUUAGACAUACGGCCUGAACCAGCAUCAACGGGAUCUCGCGGUAUCAAGAGAAAGCGCUGCAAGUCCGAUGUCGAUGGCUUCAACACAGCCGACCUGUGUGUCAAGAAACGUCGACUUCGUGCCGAACUUAUCACGAGUCGUCUUUCUCAGCCUUAUUCUCAACCUGCCACUCACAUUCUUAAUCGAGAAGGUCAAGAGGCUGGCGACAAGCGCUUCUUGAAGAUGGCUACUUCAGUUGAUAUGACCCGAAGGAUCGCACAUCUUCACGCAACUUCAUUUCUCCGCUUCUCGACUAUGAAUUGUCUGAGGAAGAGGUUGAGCCUCGGGCAGGCUGCAGGUAACAAGAAAUAUGAGCAGGAAAUUGCAACUAUCACUUUGAAAGCUGCCGGCAAGACGAAUUGGCGACCUCCGAUGCUGCAGGAUUCUUCGGCGGGCAAAUCUCUGAGGAUCUCACCAACUGGCACGGGAGUUGUUGGACCUUCAGGCAUGAUGGUAUCGUCGGCAAGACCUCAGCCAAGCUACCCACCUCAAAAGGCAUUUCAACAUCCGAAACCCCCAUCAUGCCGACUAUCUAAUCCUGUGGCCCUUCCUCUACCCGUUAGUGAUGUCGCUGCAACUAAGAAGCGUACAUCACCUCGACUCUUCCCCAUCCGAUCGCCAGAGUUACGGCCUACGGCGCCUUUACCUCCGCUGGACGAUCUCGAAGAGGAUAGUUUUGCAUACAUGCAUCCUGCAGAUGACGACUGGGACGAUGUGGGCGAUGAUCAAGAUAGUGUAUAUUCUGACUUCAGCGUUUUAUUUGGACAGAGCGAUGAUGGCAACAAUGGCGAAGAAGACAGAUCGUAUGAGGAGUAUUUGGAUGAACUCGACGGCAUCUGCUGGAUGUCAAGAUAGUUAGGCAAAUAUAUAGUGGCGUCUCUGGGCAUCUCGGGGAGCAUUUAAAGGAAUUAUGUAAAGUAUACUUCUAGCAUUGGGUGGCAAUAUGUUCUUAUUCAUGUUCAAUAUGGCGAUAUUGAAGCAUUAUCCAGCCGCAAGGACAGGAACAAAAAUAGGCUAUACUGGUUUGUAUUAUUAUUCGGCCAGAUGGGGAGGCUUAGAUACACCACAGCUCAAGCAACGGGUAACAGAUUGACAUUGAUACGUGA